GCUAUUCCGCAAGGUUCGCCGACACUUUCUGCCGUUCUACAUGUUCAACGGGUUCUUGUGACAACGCAACGAACACCGUUAUCAACGCUUGCGUUAUAACAAUUACAACAGCAAUAAUGACAAUCAGAGGCGAGAGCUCAUGCACCACAGCGCACUGGACAGCUAUGUGAACAGCAACGUGAUAAUAAAUAUAGAUAACUGCGCGCCGUAUAGCACCAAUAGCACAGCUGAUCGCCCGCUAAUCUAUAGAUCGCUGCAGCACCAGCGCCAGCAACAACGACGCGAACGGUUUUUAUUCAUCUUUCGGUUUUUUCGCGCGACGGUCGUUUUUGGUCUGGCUUUAGCCUGCGUCAUCUUCGCGCUACAAACAAUGGGCUGGAUUUUUGCGGUGGUCAUAGCGCUUGUCGCCCUGCUGCUGACGCGGCCAGGCUGGCGCUGGUUCUACAUAGCGGGUGCCACAGCGCAACGAGAUUUAAUUGCUUUGUGGGCCUACAUCAAGCUGCUGAGGUACACGAAGCGGCAUGAGCGCCUCAACUACACGGUAGCCGACGUAUUCGAAAGGAAUGUGAGAGCGCAUCCCGAGAAGGUGGCUGUCGUGAGCGAGACCCAGAGAUGGACCUUCCGGCAGGUGAACGAGCACGCCAACAAGGUGGCCAAUGUACUGCAGGCCCAAGGGUACAAGAAGGGCGAUGUGGUGGCCCUGCUCCUGGAGAACCGCGCCGAGUAUGUGGCCACCUGGCUGGGCCUGUCGAAGAUCGGCGUGAUCACCCCGCUGAUCAACACGAACCUUCGCGGUCCCUCGCUCCUCCACAGCAUCACAGUGGCUCACUGCUCUGCCCUGAUCUACGGCGAGGACUUCGUGGAGGCGGUGGCCGAUGUCGCCAAGGAUCUGCCCUCCGAUCUGACCCUGUUCCAAUACAACAACGAGAACAACAACAGUCAGACCCAGACGGACAUCAAGCAGUCCAGGAAUCUCAAUGUUCUGUUGGGCACGGCCAGCAAGGAGAAGCCGAACAAGACGCAGGUCAACCAUCACGACAAAUUGGUCUAUAUCUAUACAUCCGGCACCACAGGACUGCCCAAGGCGGCUGUCAUCUCCCAUUCGCGGUAUCUCUUCAUCGCCGCCGGUAUCCACUACACCAUGGGUUUCCAGGACGACGACAUCUUCUACACUCCCCUGCCGCUGUACCACACCGCUGGAGGCAUCAUGUGCAUGGGCCAGUCGGUGCUCUUUGGCUCCACCGUUUCCAUCCGCAAGAAGUUCUCGGCCUCCAACUACUUUGCUGAUUGCGCCAAGUUCAACGCCACAAUUGGGCAGUACAUUGGGGAGAUGGCCCGCUAUAUACUGGCCACUAAGCCGUCGGAGUACGAUCAGAAGCAUCGGGUGCGCCUCGUCUUUGGCAAUGGACUGCGGCCGCAGAUCUGGCCGCAGUUUGUGGAGCGCUUCAACAUCGCCAAGGUGGGAGAGUUCUACGGAGCCACCGAGGGAAAUGCGAACAUCAUGAACCACGACAACACUGUGGGCGCCAUUGGAUUCGUCUCGCGGAUUCUGCCGAAAAUCUACCCGAUCUCAAUCAUUCGCGCCGAUCCCGACACUGGCGAGCCCAUCAGGAGCAAGGACGGGCUCUGCCAGCUGUGCGCCCCCAACGAGCCGGGCGUCUUCAUUGGGAAGAUUGUCAAGGGCAAUCCGUCGCGCGAGUUCCUGGGCUACGUGGACGCUAAGGCCUCGGCCAAGAAGAUUGUCAAGGAUGUCUUCAAGCACGGCGACAUGGCCUUCCUCUCCGGGGACCUGCUGGUGGCCGACGAAAAGGGCUAUCUGUACUUUAAGGACCGCACCGGUGACACGUUCCGCUGGAAGGGCGAAAACGUCUCCACCAGCGAGGUGGAGGCCCAGGUCAGCAACGUGGCUGGCUACAAGGAUACGGUUGUCUACGGCGUGACCAUUCCCCACACCGAAGGCAGGGCUGGCAUGGCCGCCAUCUACGACCCGCAGAGGGAGCUCGACCUGGACGUCUUUGCCGCCAAUCUUGCCAAGACUCUGCCCGCCUAUGCGCGGCCCCAAAUUAUCCGAUUGCUCACCAAAGUGGAUCUGACCGGCACCUUCAAGCUGCGCAAGGUGGAUCUCCAGAAAGAGGGCUACGAUCCCAGCGUGGUCAAGGACGACCUGUACUACCAGACGUCCAAGGGACGCUACGAGCUGCUCACGCCCCGCGUGUACGAGCAGGUGCAGAGCAACGAAAUCCGCUUCUAGUUGCCCCAGGGGGGUUGUGUGUAUCUGUUUCGCCUUUUGCCGAUAUGCUGUUAAUUAAUUUGUAAGCUUCCCGCGUUUCGACUUAGUCUUAGUCAAACCAAACCCUGCACUGGAGAUGGGCCACUAGGCGAGUAUAUUGUAUUGUAGUUUUUCGGGGGAUGGACAUAUCCUCUCCUAUGCCCCCCUCAUGCCCAGGUACUCACGCUUCCAUGGCAACAUUGCACUUUGUUGUAUCGUAGGCAAUCUUUUAUAUUGUAUCUAGUGAUCGUAGUCGUGUGUGCAUUUUUGUGGCCGAUGUAGCGAAUAGUCUGAGUCUGGUAUACGCAUUUUGAAUGUUUUUAGCCUGCUAAAGAACCUUGUUAAGUGCAAUUUCGUGCGUCUCUUAUUAUUAGUCAGUUUUAGUGGCAUUACACUUCCAUUUGCGCUGCUCGUCGCCUUUGCCUCUCUACAUACGAUACGAGAGAGAGGCUUUGUCAAUGGCGAUCCGAGCGCCUCUCCGCUGAUGCUUGAGUAUCAAAUAAAGUUUGUUUUCUUCAACAAUA